AUGGAGCGCAACGACACUCCUCCCAAUGCGCAGCAGCGGAACCCCCAGCAGCAGCAGUUCCAGCAGCAAAAUGCACUCGGAUCUGCCAGCCAGGGCCCGACUGGCCCGACCGGAGGCCCGCCACAACUCCCUCCUCAGAUGUUCACAACCGCCGCUCAACUGCUGGAUUUGACAGAUAAGAAACUAGUUCUAGUACUGCGCGACGGAAGGAAACUAGUCGGAGUGCUCCGAAGCUGGGACCAAUUCGCAAACCUUGUGCUUCAAGAUACCGUUGAGCGCAUCUACGCAGGAAAGGUCUACGCCGAUGUUCCCCGCGGCAUCUUCCUGGUGCGCGGUGAGAACGUGCUAUUGCUGGGCGAAGUGGACCUUGACCGUGAAGACGAAAUCCCCACCACUGUGACCAAGGCACCGUUCGAAGAAGUUUUCGAGCUUAAGAAACAAGAAGAUAGCAAGCGCAAGUCCGGCGACAAGAAGCGACACACCGAGCUUUCAGCUCUUGGAUUCGAGCCCGAGCACAGCGGCGAGAUUCUUUUCUAA